CGAAAGGAGGAAAGGACUACUAACAUAUCAUCCGUCGUGUCGUGCAAAGAGCAAAGUGAAAACUAAAAACAGUCUGCGAGUUGAGUUUGAGAUCGGCUGUUCACGUAGUUAUUCGUCGCUUUCGCGUAUUGCGCUACCCUGCAAAAGGUGACGUCGUCGUGCAAAUUGCGACGACCCUUUUUCUGUAGAAUUGUUCAGUAUUUUUGAGUUUUUAUCCGGGUUCGUUUUCUCACGGUGACUCAUGAUUGGAAUGUGAUUGAAAGUGAAUGAUUGCAGCCUUUGCAGUACAGAAAAUAAUUAACCUUCGAUCAUUUUAACCUGUGAGUGAGAGCGAAAGAAACCUAGCCGAAUAUUUUGACGGGGCUUCUGUAGUGAUUCCAGUGAUUCGAUCGAAGAAGGCGUUGUCGUAUAAGCUCAAGUUCAAGUGUAGAUUGGAUUGCUACGAUAGUUUUGAUACGCAUUUUUCUGAUAGACUGAUUAGUUAAUCGGAUUUAGUGAUUAUCGACGCGCGAUAGCCAGAUCCAAAAGUGAAUUGAAUAAGUGGAAAAUUUAUCCCAUUCCCUGAAACGGCUACGACGAACGUCCCGUAAAGCUAAUAGGUAUCGAGCUUUUCUCUCCUUCGCUCUCCGAAAUUUGUAAUAUUUGUAAAACGCAAACAACAUUGAAAUUUUUGUCACCUCAAUCAGUCUAUCCUCCUUUUUUUCUAAAAUAUUGUAUUGUUUUGUAUCUCGCUCUCUCACUCUUCGUGUGUGUGUUCGUUUCGUUACCACCGAAAACAGUAGACAAACUUCAACGAAAGCCAUUUAAAAGUGUUACGCUCUUGCAUGUGUGGUAUACGGUAUUAAAGUAAUGUGGUGUUUUUCAUGCGUCUCUGCUCCGACUAAUUCAGAACCAAUGGCAGCCAUCCGGAAGAAGCUUGUGAUCGUCGGCGACGGUGCUUGCGGUAAGACCUGUCUGCUGAUCGUAUUUAGCAAGGAUCAGUUCCCGGAGGUGUAUGUGCCGACUGUGUUCGAAAAUUACGUGGCUGACAUCGAGGUGGACGGAAAACAGGUCGAACUAGCGUUAUGGGAUACCGCUGGACAGGAGGACUACGACCGGCUCAGGCCACUGAGCUAUCCAGACACCGACGUCAUACUGAUGUGCUUUUCCGUCGAUUCGCCAGACUCGUUGGAAAAUAUUCCUGAGAAAUGGACCCCUGAGGUUAAACAUUUUUGUCCAAACGUACCCAUAAUCUUAGUUGGUAACAAAAAAGAUCUCAGAAAUGACCCCCACACAAUUAAGGAAUUGGCCAAAAUGAAACAGGAGCCAGUGAAGCCGCAGGAAGGACGUGCAAUGGCUGAGAAAAUAAACGCAUUUGCUUAUUUGGAGUGCUCAGCCAAGUCGAAAGAAGGCGUGCGUGAGGUGUUCGAAACCGCAACCAGAGCUGCGUUACAGGUCAAAAAGAAGAAGAAGAGUAAAUGUGUUUUGCUCUAAAAGAGCAUAAGUACUGCUUACUGCAACAAACAACAACAUACACACAACCACAAACACAUACACAACAAGAAGGUGAAGUAAUCGAAAAAAACAGUGUUAGGAAAACAAACGAUUAGGAAGGUGGUCGCCGUCGAUUAGUUGGAGGUAAAAAUUAGGAACGACCGAAGAGCAAGACGUUUUUUUAAGCAGCAGAACUGAUGCACAUCGUCUUACGUUUCUAGGAGAGGAAUAGAAGUGUUAGGGAUGCGCGAAGGAUAAACGCAAUGCCGGAAUCAAGAAUCAACUACUAAACAAACAAAUCUAUCUCUACCGUAUAGUAACUACAGCAAAGGAAAACACACAACAUACAUAUUUUCAGUUGUGUGGGGGUUUCUGCGAGCGCGAAGAAGUUAUGUACGCAAUGUGCAACUAACGUAUUUUUACUCCAAUUUCAUUUAUUAAGAACAAAGAGUAAGAAGCGUUUUUGUUUUUCGCAAGAAAAAAAUAUUGGGUAUACAACACAGAUUUAACACUACAUAGAAAAAUAGACCGGCGGACGCCAAGCAUUUUACAGCAAGACACGAAAAAAAACGCGGCCGGGUUCUCUUUCCUCUCCCGUCUUUUUAUUACUUGUCGCGCGGGCAUCUAAUAGAUGUGUUUUUAUUACUAAUUAAUAAUGGUAAAACUCCUAUUAUUAUACUUUAGAUUAUAUGAAGCAAAUAUUAUUUGGGAGGAAGCAAAAAAAUGUUGGAGAUAACAGUCUAAAUAAAAGGCUAGAUUUUUAAACAAAUACAUAAACAAACAAAAAAAAACGAAAUACGGUGGCGAAAUAAAAUACUAACACUUAAUGAGAAAUACGAGAAAUCAAGGGAAAGUCGUCCCAGGGAAAAUGACGAUUUUCUGUUGUACGAUUAUGUGAAACCCACCAUGGAACCAUUCGUUUCGUCUUUCGUUUGCCCUGCCCAGUUGCUGCCUCGAAGCGUGAGAGUUCGUCUUACAUCGGAAUAGUUGACAAGGAAUUCGCACCAAGAAAAGAUGACUUGUAAAGUACCUACACUAAUCCGAUCAGCGAACGAAUUUCCCGUUGAUUAUCUGCGGUGAAAAAAAACGCUAAAGCAAGCAACUGAAGGAGAACAAAUUUGGACAACCAUUUCACCUGUUCCGCACAGAGAGAAACAGACGUUUAGCUAGGAAGGUAAAACUGCCGAAUCGACUGGGUGUAACAAAACACUAUUGAUCGCCUUUUGGAUACUUUGAUAAACAGUCACUAUAAUCGCAUCGUUCGUUAUACUAUUACUGUACAUUUUUUUCGUGAGUCAUCCCGCUGGAAGUGUUAUAUGAACGUGGCGGCUAGCAGAAAAAAUGGGGCCAGGUUCAUACGAAGUUUAGAAAGAGAUGAUCAAUUCGUAGUUUGCCAUUGUGUUAGGUGUCGAACCUGCUUCAAAGCAAAACAUUGCAAUUUUGUUCGGAUUCGCAUUUAUUGAAGUAUGAUUUGUCUCCAAUUGCGCAUAUUUGUUCUAUUUUUGUCAAACUGCACACGCGAAUUUAGAGCGAUUCAUUAGCUCAAAAAUACCUUUUGCUGCACAACACAAAAAUUAAUUACAGAAUAUUAUCUGUGUGUAUGUGUCUGCGUUAAACAGUGCCAACGGCAAAAGAAACCUAAUUUCCUUAGCUGCAAACUGGGAAGUAAAGAAUACAAAAAUGUGAGAUGAAGUGCUGAAUAUUUUAUAAAAACAAAAAACAAAAAUACUAGAGUAAAUAAAUCUGCAGAUCGCUAAGUCUUCUUCGUUUUAAAAUGAUAUAUUGGCUUGUACAGCAAUACUGUAGUCCACAGAAGCAGAUUUUCUCAUUGCCUUCAGUUUGUCGUGUAGUUAAUAUUUAACAUUGUGACCAACGUGCAAAAACAAAACUACACUUGAGUAUCCCUUUAGGUUGUAUAACGAUUGUUUAACAAGUAUGGUUUGUACGUUGGGUUUGUUUGUUGCAUUGUCUCUUUGAGUUUUAUUUAUUGAUGUUUAUCAAUUUUUAUAAUGAGUAGAACAAAAGCAGUAUAAUUAGAAUAAAAAAUUGUAUUUUUUGUAAGCAAGCCAAGCAUUGCGAUUUAGUAACCAUACACUGAUAUGGUGCAAGCAUAAAUAUAUGCUUUUCAUAGUGAACACAACAUUUUAGACCAUUGACCAACACGAGAAACAUCCCUGUGGAAAUCGUCUUGGUCGAGGUGAAAUCCUAAACAUGAUCAGAAUUCAAUUAUGAAGAUGAGCGAAUUUCAAAAAUGUAUAUUACACAAUUGGUUAACCAACUGCUACUUCUUCAGCUACAUAAUAAACAUACACGUACAUUAGAAACUUCAUAUAGGUAAAGCUAACUAAUUGAAUUUUUAAUGAAAUACACAUUUUUCAUUUUCAAGCAAUCAUUCAUACGGUAAAUAAGCCCUAAAUGUGACAUUUACUGAUUAGUUAAGUGAAUGAGCAGAAUAAGAAAGUAAAAAUGAUGUUUUUAAAACUUUUAUUGAUUAUAAACGCAAACAACUAUGUUUUCAGAAGACAAA